AUGCAACAUUCCCCAAUGCUUCAAACACAACAUCACCCGGCAACCAGCAGCUUCCAACCAUCCGGCCACCCCCAAAAAUUCCUACCUUUCCCUGAAUUCUCGCUUCCGACUGGGCCAUCUCCCGCCCUCCGAUGCAAAGCCAAUGUCCUCGGCGACAAACUCGUGCUUGUCUUCGGUUGGGAUACGCGCGUUAUGGAUCCUGGCGCAGUCUUUGCCGUCGCGCGCGCGCUGGCGGAGUUUUGUCGCGACCUGAUGGCAGCGAGAGAGGAACUGCCUGUCUCGGAUCCAUGGUCAGAAGCACAGGGACAGGGUACAAGGUCGUGCGAUGAUGUUUUCAAUGACCUUGGACUUUCGUCGGCAGGGCAAAAUUGUCGGUGGAGCGCAGGCAGGCGAAGCCGGGUGGGUCCGACGCCGACCGAGCAGGUCUCGUUGAUGCCAGAGACUCGCACGGCGCGGUUGAAUGGAGACAAGAUCGCGAUGCUGACCGAUGCGUGCAAUCUGCUCGUUCGGCGAGUCGCAGGUGAUGCGCUUCCUGGACGGCUACAUGAGGAGGAUGUGGUUUCUGCGGUGCUAGGAGUGACUGGGUCGAGGGCUAGGAAGCAUCCUAAAGACUGCUACUCUGAAUCCGAAAGAGUCCCUGCCGAUGAAGAAACAAUCACCGUGGCCAUCGACUUGCGACAUCUCUCCCCGCUGCCCAGCUCGACAACAUACAUGGGGAAUGCGACCGUGUCGAUCCCCGUUUCUGUUCAGCCGAACAUCCUUCCUGCGCUUGAUGAUUCCCAAAUGCGUUCCAUACUACCGGAUAUCUCGCCCCAGGAUCUCUAUCAAAUCUGUAAUGUGGCUGUUUGUCUUCGUGGACGGAUUGGUGCUUCAGAAAAGGACAGGGAGAAGAACACCACUUUAAAUACUGACGGGAAAUCUAGCAUGGGAAAUGGCAUGCAAAUUAACUCACUGCGACCGCUGGACUUUUAUAUGGAUUUUGGACCACUGGGACGAGUGCGUGAUGUCAAUGCCCCUAGUGCCAGGGAGAAUGGAGCAUGUUGGAUUCUUCCUGAGCAGGAAGCUGGUGGCUGGGAUGUCGCGGUUACGGUAGAUCAAAAUGCAAUGGAGAAGUUGAGCACGGAUCGAGUAGUGAGGUGGGUUGUGGGCGGUGGUUUUUGA